AUGUCUACCAAGCAGAAGCAGGCUGCCCUUUUAGUAGCACUCGUGAUCGUCGUCGUCGGUCUACUCGUUGCCUUUGCGGAGAAGACAGCUUUGCUUCAGAAAGAGAAUGCAAAACUGAAGAAACGGUAUGAUGACAUGAAAGCCAAGGAAAUUCAAGAAUUCACGAAACGAAUGUCCAAAAGCAAAGAAAUUGCUGACACCUGGAAGGGACAUCUUAAUAGUCUGAUGCAUGCAGACCGCGAUGGUACAAUGGAAAUGGCUAACCUUGCAAAGGAGAAUGAGGAUUUGAAGAAGCAGAUACAUGAAACAGACCGCCAUGUUACACAGAGAUAG